CUUCAUGGACGACUUGAUGGCUGCUUAUGACCCCUCAACCAGUACUUUUGUUUUUGGUGAAGGAGAAUCGAAGAAGGUGUUCGACUUCACAGCUGGGGAUGUGGCACGUGUGUACAACCUUCCUCUCGGUGGUGCUGUGAUUGAUUUGAAGAACGUUGAGGGGGGGGGGGAUGCUCGACAGUUUCAGCGAUGAAGUUGGCAUGAUUCCUAACAGGGCUUGCAUGGUUCCUAUCAAGAAGCUGCAACAGUUGCCCAUUCCAGCCAACGGUCCUAGAACACCUGUUGCAAUUGCUGUCAAGCAAUUCUUGCUGCUAGCUACUGGUUCGAUGCUCGUGCCAACAUUUUCUCGGAGGUGCAAGAUGGACUUUGCCCCUUACCUAGGUGGGAGUGUUGAGGACGUGAGGGUGUACGAUUGGUGUACAUUUAUUGUCUGUGAACUGAAAGUAGAGUUGACUGUUGCCAAGAAAAAAGAACAUAGUGCAAGGGCGUUGGGCUCCCCGUGCGUGUGGGUUCUCGGAUAUUUCUACUUCUUGAUACUCCAUCUGCUGGACUCUCUAAAACUAGGCGGGUUGCACACAAAGACCAUACCUAGCUGCCGGUUUUGGUGGAAGCAAAGUGUCGAGAGGGCAAGCACAUCUAUCCCCUUAGUCAGGGGAAGAUAUGACCUAGCUGCCGCUCUGCUGAGUAGAAAAGAAAUCGCCUCUCGCAGGCAGCUCCAGCCGGUGGCUAUUGGGGGUACUAGUGCAGCAGCUGCCAGCAGUUCAGCUCCUCCUCCAGAUCGUGCACCGAUGCCCACCGCGGAAUGGUGGGAGACUGAAGAUUUGACUAGCCUUUCGCUAGGGCAGCUUAAGGUACUAGGUGGUUCGAUUGACCGACAUUUGGGAAAAUUGGUGGACUUUGCCACAAAACUGGGACAGAUGAUAGAAAAGAGAGAGGAGCAUGACAGGUGCAAGGUCGUGGAUUCCAGGAGGAGACCUUUGGAGAAUACUGUUGAGGAGGUGCUAAAGCAGCUUAAAACAGAGGUGGUGGAAGACCAAGUAGAGAAUCCUGAAGCUAAAAUGGAAAUGGAUGAGCAGCCUCUAGAGAAGGACCAGGUCGAGCCACAAGUGGAGAAAACUAGAGAAAUGUGUGAAGAAGAUCCUGAAGAGAAGAAUAGAUUUGAGGUGGUGGAGAAUGAAGUAGAGAAGACUGUAGAGACACCGGUUGAGGAGGUGUUUGAGCCGACAGUCCCUAUGGUGAUACACUACACAGACCCAGAUACCACUUUUGAGGACAUUAUGCAGAUAGCUCAUGAGGCUACUACAGCUGCUAAUGCCGAGGAAGAAGACCCACCUACAAGGGAGGAAGUUCUAGAGACAACUACUCAUGAUGUGGUGGAGUCGUUCUCCCAACUUACAGAGAUGGGAAUGUUGCCUACAGACGAGGAGUUGGUAGAAGCGGCUUGUAAUAGCGCUGAGAGGAGUCCAGAUGUGAUUAUCACGCAUGAGACGACUAUGAAUGAGGAGGAACAAGAACAUUUGUACAGCUACACACCUGAGGAAUGGCUUACUAAAGACCCCAGCGUUCGAGAGGUCGAAGAAGAACCCAUCUGCUUCUUCAUCAGUAUAUUAUUUGUCGAAGGAUGUGUCGACAAAGCUCGACCCAGUUGCUCGUCGUAUGGUUGAGUUCGUCUUCAGUACCCCUGAGGGUAAGGGCUUGGUGGUGCACACUCCUUCAAUUAAACUCGCCCGUCUUC